UACUGCGAGCAAGGAGAUAGUUCACAGCAGGAGGACUGUCAGAUCGACGGUGGCUUCACAGAAUGGAGUCAGUGGUCGAUAUGUGAAAACCCGUGCGGGGGAUCUGUAGUAAACAGGACAAGAGCUUGCACCAACCCCACCCCUACUCCUGACGGGACGCCUUGCUCUGGAUCAACUGUUGAAACCAAGAUGGAGUGCGUUGGACCAUGUCCAACGGGCCCUCUGGAUGGUAACUGGGGUUUCUGGUCUCCUUGGACACGGUGCCCUCAGACAUGUGGAAUAUCAGGGGGAUCUCUUAUCAGCAGAACCAGAUUGUGCAAUAAUCCACCUCCAAUGAAUGGCGGACAACAGUGUGCUGGUGACGCCAGCGAAAGUGUCCGAUCCUGCUUCGCACCUUGUCCAGUCGAUGGUGGGUUCGGUUUGUGGUCAGCAUGGACAACGUGUAGUAAGACGUGUGGCACCGGUACCAAGUCAAGGAACCGACUGUGUAACAACCCAGUCCCUGCUAGUGGAGGAGAAAACUGCACUGGGGAUUUCAGUCAAGCGAGGAGUUGCCAACUUACAUCAUGUCGCGGAGCUGUCAAUGGAGGGUGGUCAGCGUAUUCACCUUGGAGCACAUGCACGGAGUCCACUAAUUGUCUUCAAGGCACUAAGAAAAGAACCAGAACCUGUACCAAUCCCCCUCCGGCAAAUGGUGGUGACUCUUGCGCUGGUCUGGCCGAAGAAGAGAAAAUUUGUCCAACGCAAGCCGAUGGAUGUACACCUUUCACGCCGCCUAGACCAGACAAAACUCCAGCCGAUCCAAACUCCUGGAUUGCUCUAGAGUGUGGAGCAGCCGAAAAGUUUUCCGCAACAGGUUCUUACAAACAGAAUAUCCCCGCCGCUGUUUAUUCAAACUUUAACUUCAUGAGAACUGAAUUGGAAAGCGGAUAUUUUGCCGUGGAAAUGGUUGCCGACGAUCAAGAUGAUUAUGGACGAAAGCAGCUAAAAAAGGUAUGCUUUGAGAUAAUGGACUCCUUAACUAUCAACAUAGUUAUCAACAACAACAAGGGAACUUACUACGAAAGAAUUGAUGCUUUGCCAGAGUGGACUAAGCCCGAGUUGACGGAGACCAUUCCUGCCUUUACCAUCUGGAUUGAUGAAUCCCAACAACUUAGAAAGUACGAGUUUCAGUGCGCAAAAUCGGAUGAGUACGUACCACUUCCUGGUUUUAUAAUGACGGAUGUCAGGUUUUCGUACUACACUGAAGGAAAUUCCCAGACGUUCAAAGCCAAGGGCAAAUACACUUUGCAGACGGGAAAUGUAUUCGACACAGAGGUGAAGAAAGAUGUUCUAACUGGAGCAGUGCACGCGACAGGCAAUGCUGAAUCAGCUACCUUUAUAGAUAUGAUGGCAUCAUUUGGUCUGGAUAUAAACAUCAUACCAGACUUCCUCGUUACGGCAUUAAAGAAGAUAGGUCUAUGGGAUUUCUCCUUAGCUCCUGCGCAGCUGACAAGAAAGCUCGUCAGGAACGGCGUUUUCAGAUUCACAUCUUCAUUAGAUUUGGGUGGUGUUCCCGUUCAUAUAGAAAUUUUGGCUGGAAUUAGAUUUGGAAGACCAACAUUUGCAGUGGGUUUUUCUUUCGAUCGAUACUCGUAUGGAAAACUGGCGGAAAAGCUAUCCGGAAUUGGUGUCGAUUUCUUGGACAAACUCGGCUUGGAGUUCGAGGUCGGAGUGUCUUUCCAUCCACCAGAACCCUUUCAGCAACUCCUGGUUGAUUCGGAGACCAAGUAUUCCAAAGAGCCACUGCACAGUUUUGUCACUUCUAGCGUCCCGCGAGGUAUCUUUGCCGCAGCACAAAUCGUUCUCCCAAGAGACUGCAAAGGCAAUAAAUUCUGCGAAAUUAUGAAACUGAUUGUGGGGCCAACAAUAAAAUGGUAUAUUACUGGUCAAUUUGAAUGGAGAAAAAUCCGAAUUGCCACAGGUUUCGCUAAUGUCCGUAUCUAUGAUGGACUUUACUUCCACAAGCUUGAGCUCUAUGUGGAGGCGGACUGGAAUGACUCAGCAAAUCACAUCAAAAUUGGGUUCCGUGCAGAUAUCAAAGUACCGGUGAAUGGCGACAUCUAA